CAGAUCCGCGAUAGGGAGAAUGUCGGCUGCAGGGCGAAGCGUGGUGUUUGUCACCGGCAAUGCGAAGAAACUGGAGGAGGUGGGGAAAUCGUGAUUUCCUUCUCAGUCCUGGAGCUUGGCUGCCUCUUUCUCUCCUCUUGCAGGUCAUUCAGAUCCUAGGGGACUCCUUUCCAUGCAGACUGGUUGCAAAGAAAAUAGAUUUGCCUGAAUAUCAAGGGGAGCCUGAUGAUAUUUCUGUCCAGAAGUGCCAAGAAGCAGCUAAGCAGGUCCAGGGACCAGUUAUAGUAGAAGACACCUGUUUGUGUUUCAAUGCCCUUGGAGGACUCCCAGGGCCAUAUAUCAAAUGGUUCCUGGAGAAGCUGAAACCUGAAGGUCUGUACAAACUGCUAGCAGGAUUUGAAGACAAGUCUGCUUAUGCCCUCUGCACUUUUGCAUUCAGCACCGGGAAUCCAGAGGACCCAGUGAAGUUAUUCAAAGGUCAGACUCAUGGACAGAUAGUUGAUCCAAGAGGACCCAGAGACUUCGGAUGGGAUCCAUGCUUCCAGCCAGAAGGAUAUAACCAGACGUACGCUGAGCUACCCAAGUCUGUGAAGAACUCCAUCUCUCACCGUUACAAAGCCCUGAAUGAACUUUCAGCUUAUUUCAUUCAGCAGCACAAAGAGCCUACGCCUGGUCACAGUUAGCCUGCCUGGAGUGGGCAGGCUUUGUUUUUUUUGGUACUGAAAGUUAUGUGUUAAGUAUGAGGUUGGCAUUUGGCUGUCUGUGCACAUCAAUGUCUAAUAAAGCUGCUUCCUUAAAGAUGA